AUGAAAAGGAUUCUAGGUACACUAUUUCAACAGAUUGAAGGCCGUUUUUCCAAUGCAAGUGCAAGCCAGCUGCGACGAGCCAUUCAGACAACAGCAUGUCGAUUACAAAGUGUGGAAGAACAAGUGCAACAACAGCAGAAACGAAAUAGUGAAGUACAGGAUAUGCCAGAGUUAGUACGAGAUUUUCUUGAUCCGGGUGAAUUCUUUCGACAAGUGAAAACAAUCUGUGGUAUUGAGUUCUUUUGUGGCGUGCCGGAUUCAUUGCUUAAAGAUUUUUGUGCUUACGUGACAAAAAAUGUUCCGACAACUAAUCAUCAGAUAACUGUUAACGAAGGAUCAGCUGUGAGUCUUGCUUGUGGAUCGUACAUGGCGACCGGUCAACCAUCAUUGGUCUAUUUACAGAACUCUGGUAUUGGCAACAUUGUGAAUCCGAUCUUAUCUCUUGCAACGCCAGGUGUUUAUAGUUUACCAAUGUUACUACUAAUCGGUUGGCGUGGUGAGCCGGGUAAACGAGAUGAACCUCAACAUCGUAUUCAAGGUCCUGCAACACCUGGUAUUCUUGCGGCAUUGAAUAUACCUUUUCAAGUUCUACCAGAUUAUCAUGAAGGUGCUGCUCAAUCUCUUGAAACUGCAAAGCGGUACAUGGAAACCGCUAAAGGUCCUUAUGCACUGUUGGUAAAACGACAAACAUUUCUCCCGUACUCUUUGCCGAAAAAGGCGGCUGCAGAUGAGGCUGGAUUAUGUUUCACACGUGAGGAAGCGUUGAAAUGUAUCAGUGAACAAUUUCAUCAGCGUGAUAUCAUCGUCGGAACAACAGGAAUGCUUAGUCGAGAAUUAUUUGAACUUCGAGUACAACGCGGCGACGGUCACGAACGAGAUUUUCUAACUGUUGGCGGCAUGGGACAUGCAUCAUCGAUCGCUUUAGGUAUCGCCAUACAGAAACCAAAUCGAACUGUAAUCUGUUUGGAUGGCGAUGGCGCCGUUCUUAUGCAUAUGGGUGUUCUGGCAAAUAUUGCUGCUGUAUCUCCACCGAAUUUCAAACAUAUUAUUUUUAAUAAUGGUACUCAUGACAGUGUCGGCGGACAGCCAACAGUAGCUGGCAAUUAUAGUCAAUUUUCGUUUGCCAAGGUCGCUCAGGGUUGUGGCUAUAAACAUGUGAUGGUGGCAACGAAUGAGAAUGAAAUCAAAGAAGCAAUGGGUAAACUUCGUGCAAUAAAAGAUGAUGGUCCUGUCUUACUUGAACUUCGAGUUAAAACCGGACAUCGAAAGAAUUUAGGUCGACCGACUCGAUCAACCAGUGAUAAUCGAAAAGAGUUCAUGCAUUUUUUACAGCUUAAUUAG